UAACAAGGUUAAAACAGUCAUUUGAUGGUGCUGGUCCUUUUCUCCCCUUCCCAAGCAAACCAUCUCUUUAUAAAAACAAAUCCAACCACCCGACGUUACGUUAGCAUCAGCAUAAACCUAAAACCACCGCCACAGACACCGCCAUGGCCACUUCCUCUCGACCUCCGCCGCCAAGACCACUCGACCUCGGUUUCACGGUGGUGUCAGCCAAGCAUCUAAAAAACGUCAACUGGCGAAACGGCGAUCUCAAACCCUACGCAGUCUUCUGGGUCGAUCCAGAUCGACGUCUCUCAACCCGCUCAGACGAUUCCGGCUCAACUAGACCGGUCUGGAACGAGCGCUUCACACUUCCCCUCGCUGUCCCUCUCCACGACGCCUUUUUAACACUCGAGAUCUUCCACUCCAAACCCUCGGAAAAUCCGAAACCUUUAGUCGCGACCCUCCGGGUUGAUCUCAAAGAAUUACCCGACCCGGAAGACAGUUCAAAGAUCCGAACCUUUUCUCUCCUCCGACCAUCGGGUCGUCCCCAAGGCAAGAUUCGCGUGAAACUCGGAAUCCGCGAACGUCCCCUUCCUCCACCUCAUGAUUACCAUUAUGCCCCUCCUUCUAGCUAUUAUUACACAAAUGCCCCUCCUCCACCAAGAUACUCUGCUUCGCCCUAUGUUUCUCUUCCCCCGCCGCCUCUCCCACCGUCAGCCUCUCCUCCUCCUCCACGGCUACCGUACUCUGCCAUCCCGGACGCUUACUCUCCCUAUUACUCCAGCCAUUACUAUUCUUCUCCACCCCCGCCUAUGCCUCCACGUCCCUUCUUCGAACGCUCUUCCGGCUAUAGCACCCCAUCGGCGCCAGUAGAUUACUCGCCGUACGAUCAGAAGCCUAGAGGUCUCAAAAUGGGGCUCGGGACCGGAUUAGCUGUUGGAGCUGUCGCGGGGGCUUUAGGAGGACUGGCAUUAGAAGAAGGAUUGAAAUACGAAGAAGAAAAGAUUGGUGAAAGAGUGGAGCAUGAUGUGGCAUCAAGGGAGAGGGAUGAUUAUGGUGAUUAUCAUCUUUCUGAAUAUUGAUUGGUUUUUUAAUGCAAUGCCUAUGAUGAUGAUGAUGAUGAUGAUGAUGGCCAAUGUUUAUAAAUAUUUAUGUAAAUAGUUUGUGAUCUGAUGAUGGGUUUGUGUUUUUAAUGGUUGGGGAUUAAAAUGAUCAGAGAAAGAGUGAGCUGAGAAUAACUCUUUUGAUAUUUAUUAUGUGCUGAUUUCUUCUGCUACGAUAAUAAAUUGUUAGUCUUUACUUUAAA